AUGGACCAGUUCCCAGACUGGCACCACGUGCGGCUGCGGAACCGCGCGCUCGGCGGGUACCUCCACGCCGCCGACGACGGGGAGAGCGUCGUCCUCCGCCGUGGGCGCGCCUCGCUGAACGCGGUGUGGGCGGUGCACCUCCGCCCCGACGGAGGCCGCGGCGUGCACCUGCUCCUUCACAGCGCCGCCUACGGCCGCUACCUCGCCAGCACGGCCGCGCCGGCGCCGCCCGGCCACCGCGGCUCCCGCGCCGGGCAGCGCGACUACGACCAUCCGGUGGUUCCGGACAUCAUGUGGGAGGUCGUCAGGGCGGGCUCCCAGGGCGACGUCCUGCUCCGCACCGUCGGUGGCCGCUACCUCCGCGCCAACGGCAGGUACCGCCGCUGGAACACCGGCGUCAGCGUCGACGGCGACUACAUCAGCACCAUGGCGCGCUGGGCCGUCGAGCGCAUUCCCCGCAGAGAGGCCGCUCCCGACCUUCCACCCCCGAUUCCGAUCCGCGUGCUGGGACGCUUCUCCGGGAUCAUCUUCGGGCCGCCAGAGCGAGAGGCAUGGCGGACGAUCCGGUUCUUCACCGAGAACGGCUUUUCCCAGGGGUUGUACCCGGAGAACGGCUGGAACGUGUUCCCGUUCCUCGGGAGGUCCGUCUUCCACCUGAACGAGGAACUGGACAUACGCGUCGGCGUCCUCAACGGGAGACCUGCCCCGCGGCUUCGUCAUGUGGUGCCUUCUUUCGGAGAGGCGGACCUGCCCGACGGCUUCAUCAUGUGCGUCCGAGCCGGCCGCCACGGGAGGCUCACCCCGCUCGUCAUCGACCUGCCCCGCGGCGGCGACGGCGAGACCCUCGGGAUUAUCGUGGCGCUCUCCGGGACCCAAGGUGCAGAGCCUCCCUCUCUCUCUCUCUCUCUCCAUGGCACAACUUCUGUCCUUGAUUCAGAUGUUCAAAGUGUUCGUUUCUGCACAUGA